UCAGCGUACCACCACAGCAGCACAUGUCUGCUGACAUGUCUGUCUGAGGUGUUUUAUAAUAUUUAUUUAUUAACACCAUGGCGCCAACUAUUCAGAAGAAAAUAUUCAUGAGGAAGCUCAAGAACAGUCAGAAGAAUAAACUGAAAUUGUUGAAAGUUAAAGAAAAAGAGAAAGUCUCUGUUGUUUCUGAGGAAAAGUUACCUGAGGAUGAAACUGAAAGGUUGAUCCACUGUCAUCCAGUCCUCGGUAAACGACCUGCUGGAGAUGAACCUGUACCCAAAAAGAAAAAGAGGAAGAAAUUAAAGAUUGUAGAGGAAACACUGGAUGCUGGAGCUGAUAAUGAAGUCCAGCCUGAAGCACAACCCAAAGAAAUUAAGGUGGCUCUCACAGAAAACACAAAGAUGAAUGAAUCUCUUGAAGAGAAGGAAAUGGAUAAAAGCAAAACAGAAAACAAUGAUGAAGAGGAUGAAGGAGAGACUGGCUAUGAAAGUGAAGAGGGCAAAAAUGGUACUAGCACACUUGGGUUUGAUACAGCAACAAGCAGAUCAUUUGAUAGUCUUCGCAGUGUUAUCUCUGAUGAAACCAUGAAAGCCAUCGAUCAAAUGGGGUUCACAGAAAUGACAGAGAUUCAAGCCAAAGCUAUUCCAAAUUUGUUGGAAGGACGAGAUUUACGUGGAACAGCCAAAACUGGUGCCGGCAAAACCCUGGCUUUUAUUAUUCCUGUUGUAGAAUUAAUAUACAAGUUGAAGUUUAAGCCAAGAAAUGGUACUGGUGCCAUCAUUGUGUCUCCAACACGUGAACUGUCCAUGCAGACCUUCGGUGUAUUGCGAGAAGUGAUGCAGGAACACACGCAGACCUACGGGCUCAUUAUGGGAGGUGCUGAUCGCAAAAGUGAAGCACUGAAACUAGCCAAAGGAGUAAAUAUAUUAGUGGCUACUCCAGGAAGGCUUAUAGAUCACUUGCAACACACACCACAUUUUAUGUAUAAGAACUUGGUAUCUUUGGUUAUUGAUGAAGCUGAUAGAAUCUUUGACGUGGGAUUUGAGGAGGAAAUGAAGCAGAUUUUGCGAAUAUUGCCUAAAAAAAGGCAGACAAUGCUUUUUAGUGCUACAAAAGACAGUCGAACUGAUGAGCUGUCUAGACUUGCUCUGAAAACUGAGCCUAUGGAAGUGGAUGUUGAUUGUAACAAAAUCACUGCCACAGUAGAGGGUCUGGAGCAAGCUUAUUUGAUUUGUCCAGCAGACAAAAGAUUCCUGGUGUUGUACACAUUUAUUAAGAAAAACAAGAAAAAGAAAGUUAUGGUGUUCCUAAGUUCAUGCAUGGCUGUCAAGUUUUACCAUGAACUCCUAAACUACAUUGAUCUCCCGGUGAUGUGCAUACACGGCAGACAGAAGCAGGUGAAGCGGACCAACACAUUUUAUCAGUUUUGCAAUGCGGAAUCAGGCAUCCUGCUGUGCACAGAUGUGGCAGCUCGAGGUUGGGAUAUUCCUGCUGUGGACUGGAUUGUACAGUAUGAUCCUCCCGAUGAUCCCAAGGAAUAUAUUCAUCGUGUGGGAAGAACAGCUCGUGCUGGUGGUAAAGGUCACGCUUUACUGUUCCUUCAGGAGGAAGAGAUUGGGUUUGUGCGCUACCUCAAGGCUCACAAAGUUCAUGUUGAUGCAAUGGACAUUUCAUGGAAUAAAGUGGCCAACAUCCAGCUUCAGUUGGAAAAGUUGAUGUCGCAGAACUACUUCCUUCACGCCAGUGCGAAAGAGGCAUUCAAAGGCUACGUGCGGGCAUACCACUCCCACCAGCAAAAGGAUAUUUUUAAUGUUCACUCACUCGACUUGAAAAAGGUUGCAAAAUGCUUUGGUUUCCAGGUCCCUCCAUUUGUUGAUUUGGGCGUUUCACCUGGAAGACGACCAGUCAAACGCGGUGGUGGAGGUGGUUAUGGAGGAAUAAACAAGAAGCAAGUGACAAAGACCAAAAUCUUUAGGCAGUUUAAGAGCAAGAAUUAAUUGGAUAACUGAUUUUAUGAGUAACAUUAAAAAAUAAUAAUACA